AUGUGUACCAAACGAAAGGAAUGCAAGCUGCAACUAUCUGAUAUCACUAAGAUCUUAGACACCGACAUUAAUCAUGCUUUGGAAGAUUGGGAUAAGGCAUACCAAACACUGCUCGAAGAAACAUUUUCUAGUGAUGGGAAUGGACCUACACACGAAUUACCGCUCAAUCCUGAUGUAGACAAGGUAGAUGAUGAAGGAUACACUCUCCUGUACAAGGCUGCUUUAGUAGGUGAUCUCAAAGAGGUCGAGGUUCUUAUUUCACAAGGAGCAAACCUAGAGUCACCAAGCAAGGGUGGACUUCAGCCUCUUCAUGUAGUAGCCAGAGAAGGACAUGCAGAUAUUGUGGAUUGCCUCGUCCUGCAUAGAGCGGACCCUUGUGUCGAAUGUGAAUUGGGUCAAACACCUCUUCAUAGAGCAGCAGUAAAUGGGCACAUUUGCAUGUUGAAAAGUCUUAUUGUAGAAGGGGUCAAUGUCAACAAGGCUGAUAAGCAAGGUUUAACACCGUUCAAUGUUGCCAUUCAACACGGUCAUCUAGAUGCUGUCAAAUAUCUCAUGGAUAAAGGUGCCAAGCAGAAUAGAUAUGAUGGAAUGACCCCACUCUGUGCUGCAGCUCAGCUCGGUCAUUUAGAUAACCUGAAAUUCUUAGUUUCCAGUGGGGCUGAUGUGAAUGAAGAAAAUGAUGAUGGCACAAUUGCCCUUCAUGGAGCUGCUAUCAUUGGCAACAUAAUAAUCAUAGAUUACCUUACUCAAUGUGGGUCAGAUCUUAACAAGGCUGACAAGGAAAGCUUUACACCGUUCAAUGCUGCUAUUGAAGAAGGCCAUUUAGAAACUGUCAAAUAUCUCAUAGAUAAAGGAGCCAAGCAGAACAGAUAUGAUGAAAGGACCCCACUCUAUGCCAUGUAUGCUGCAGCUAGAUUCGGUCAUCUAGAUAUCGUGAAAUUCUUCAUUUCAAAUGGCGCUGAUGUGAAUGAAGAAAAUGAUAACGGGAGAAUUCCCCUACACGGAGCUGGUAUCAGUGGUAACAUAAAGAUCAUGGAAUAUCUCAUCCAACAAGGUUCUGAUGAGAACAGCGUUGAUUCAAAAGGUUGGACACCAUUCAAUGCUGCUAUUGUAUACGGUCAUCUAGAAGCUGUCAAAUAUCUCACAGAUAAAUGUGCCAAGCAAAACAGAUGUGAUGGAGCAACCCCACUAUAUGACGCAGUUCAAUCAGGACAUUUAACAUGUUUAGAUAUCAUUGAAUUCCUCGUUAGCAACGGUGCGGAUGUAAAUGAUGAGGGUUAUAGAGGGAGGAUUCCCCUACAUGAAGCUGCUGUUAAAGGUAACAUGAAAAUCAUGGAAUACCUUAUGCAACAAGGUUCGGAUGUGAAUAAGGGUGGCCGUAAUGGUUGGACACCAUUCAAUGCUGCCAUUCAAUACGGCCAGUUAAAAGCUGUCAAAUAUCUCAUAGAUAAAGGAGCCAAGCAGAACAGGUAUGAUGGAAUGACUCCACUCUUCACUGCAGCUCAAUUCGGUCAUUUAGAUAUCGUGAAAUACUUCAUUUCUAAGGGAAUUGAUGUGAAUGAUGAAGAUGAUAAUGGGAGGAUUCCUCUUCACGGUGCAGCUAUCAGUAGUAACAUGAAGAUCAAGGAGAAAAAAAGGUGCAACUUUUGA